GCCUAGUCCUUUCUCGUUAGAGAUUUCCAUACAGUGCUCCACUGUCUCUCUGUAUCUGAAGGGCUAGGGUGGUGUAUCCACAUCAUUGACAUCUGUCAAAAGGUGUGCACGUCCACGCGGGAGGCGAGCUGGGCUCUGCUGAAACUCUUCUUAUUGAACCCAAGAUCCCUUCCCUCACCGCAUCUUUCCAAGUGGGAGGCUAUUCUGUUCAUCAGUUCCAACCAUCCCUCGUUCGGUCCCUUCCUGUCAUACACGCACCGACCCAAACAUUUUGCUCAAACUCUAUCUGGCAAUCCCUCCAACCAGUCGUUACGGAUCUCGCCCACACUACUGUCUAGCACACACCAAAGCUCAGACGAUAGCACUAACCGACACAUUGACGUUGCGGUACGACUUACAGGCUCCGUCGACGACAUCCAUCAAGCUCAUGAGACGGACACAGUGAUACCAUUGUGUGUAGUUGAGGCUCGGUUUGGGACCCACUGUUUCGGACCAGGAUUACAUUACACGGGCAACUGACCUGCUAUCAACGAUAGAUCUUGUACAAUGGUCGCGAUGCAAAGCGUAGUCAAACGCCAAAGACGAGUGACGCAUGUGGAGCCACGAGAAGUUGCUGCUUGCGAACCAAGUCUCGAGCUGAUCAAGCGAUCUCUGGACAAUCGAAGAGCUUACGCAUUGGUAGCAUUUGAUGAGGCUGGAAACGUCCGUAUCCAUGCUUCGGACGACGUGAAGGCAUAUUUGGACGAACUGAACUUGACGAACCAGUUUCAGCGAGCCUACGAACAAUCCAAAGACAGAUCACCCAGCAACACACGAGCGGCACGACGAGGCCAUCCAGUUGCCAAUGAAGAGCCUCUUGAAGCUGAUGAUUCGGCUGACGAUAUGGGAAUGAUCCCCGUCAAAUCCUCCACUCAGCUUCAUGGACGACGAAUUUUCCAGCCCGCAAGACAACGAGGCCGUCCGAUACUGUCACGCCAUGCGAACCGCUAUGAAUGUCCGACUCCGCCUCGCGAGCCAUCAAUUGGUGACUGCAAGCCUCCGACUACAGUUCAGCACGAGACGCAGGCGCCCACACAGAGACCAACCAAAUCUUUCCGAAUCGACGACACUGAGGCUGUCACGGCUUUCUUGCUCAACAGAGUUAAGCGCAUGCAGCAACUGGCCAACAAGAAGAUUGCGAAAGCAUGGAUCAAAGGCAUCUGCCCAAAGAAACAAGCCAAGUACCCAUACCAGAACAACAAACAGGAGAAAGAGACAGGUAUCAAGCCCGAGGUUCCAGCGUGGUGGCCUGAUAUGCAAGUCUGUCGCUUCAUCGAACCGGAUCAUAUCAAACGAGAAGAGCGCACGGGAUUGUGCUUACAUCUCCUUCGUCUCCGCCCAACACCAGACCAGCUGAAGAAAUGGAAUCGCUACGAUACAGAGCCAAGCAAAACUCACAUCGAACGCGGCUGGACGGCAUGGCUACAAGAGCUGGCUGGGCAUGAGGUGUUCGAUGACUUACCCAAGGGUUCAUCUCACCGCAUCGAGCAUCGACGGAGUCUGAUGGACCAGAUGUAUGCAGUGGCUGAGAUGGAGGAGGACUAUCUCAAUGAUGCAAUUGACGGCGACACGACAUACACCUAUGUCGACGAAGAAGAAGACCGCAAGAACUACUCGGCGAAGCGAUACAGACAAUGUUCGACUGCAUCAUCCCCGGAUUACGAAGUGCCCAGGACUCGGUCUGCGUCUGCCGAUGGCAGCAGACCGCCAACGAAGAGAAUGAAGCGAGAUUCUGCAUCUCCAGUGGCGUCAGCAAUGGAGCGCCAUCACUCGCAUCGUAAGCAUGCCACAGAGAUCAACGGCCCUCACACUCCGGUGUCUCCAAUCGCGGAUCAGAAGAUUGCCGUGACGACAUCCUUCGGCAGCAGUGCGGACCUUGCUACAGGAGACAUGAAUGCGCAGCUCACAGCUGGUCCUACCCAUGUCUCGCCUUACGGCCAGCAGUCAUCCCAGGAAACCUCUGCCCAACCCCAACACCACACGCACAGCCUUCCACAGCACAGUGGUGUGCAAAGUUGGUCUUGGCGUAGCUGUGAUCAGCCAGCACAGUGGCCAAGCGUACCGUACGGCGAGCAACAAGGGAGCCAUCUACCAUACCAGGUCAUUCCGGCUCCAAACACCUUCCCAGGCCGUCAAGACUUCGAAUUCCCUCAAUACCAGCAAGCUCCGCAACCCUAUAUCACUCACAUGGCCCACGUGUCUCAACCAGAGUUCCAAGCAACGCCCAGCACACCAGUGUACUCGCCAAUCGGGGCGCCACCAAUGUCUAUGGAAGCAUUCGCCAUGUCGCAGUCGUCCGUGGCAGAGACCGUCCCAGUACAGCACUACGCCAUGACCAUGGCUCCAGCUUCAUACUUCGUGCCAGCAGAAUCUGAUCCUACGAUUGCUGAUUUUCACCCUCCUAUGAACAUCUCUGGUCAACAGUACUCACAGCCUUACCAUCAGGAGCCCGACGUCAUGGUCGAUGCACAACAGCCUUUACCAGUACAAGUCAAUAGCAUCCCCGUCAGCCAACCACUUCAAUGGCAUAAUCACCAUCAACACCACAGUCGUCAGUGACGCUUUCUUCGACAGAUUCCGGACAUACACCUCAGCUUUCGCAAGCCAGUUUGUUGAUUUUUCUUGAUAGCGUGAAAGCGAGCGCGUCAGUUGUUCAGACACCCAAUGUUUGAGGCGUUUGCCUAUGUUGUUGCGAGGGCCUAUGUACAGUAUCAUUACUUGUUUAUCAGCGUUGCGAUUCGAUGGUUUGCUUUGCUUUGCGUUGAAAAUGAGAGACGAGUGAUGAAGACAUGAAAGAAGGACAGGGCUGGAUAUAUUGUGAAUAGAAUAAUUCCGAGUCAUUUGUGCAUAGACUCGAUUAGCGUUAGACAAAAUGUAGAGGAUUGUCCC